UAUCCGCUGUAGCUUCUGAACUGAACACACACACACACACACACACACACACACACACUGACCACGCACUCGGUCCAUGCUUCACACUCCUGCAUCACUCCGUCUGUCCACAUCUGUUAGAAGGGACCGAUUUACAGACGCUGCCUUCCACCGCCGUCCAUCACACCAGCCGUUAUGGCAGCCACGCUGUUACCGACGGGCGCAACUGGGCAUGAUGACUUUCUACCGCUCAUGAAGGGCUUUCACGAGGAAUCGGUUCUGUUCGGGGAUUCGGAUCGCGCACUGGCACACGAAUACGCACAGGCAAAGCUGGAGAUGGACAAGUACCUGACGCCUCAGCUGCAGGAAUCCAGGAAGCAGUGUCAGGAAAGUUCGGCUGACUUUUUCACCGAUGAUCAUUGUUCCCCUUACAGCAUCAACAUGAAUCUGUACCUACCCGACAUCGCCUAUUUGCGCACAGGUCUGUGUCGCCAGCCACGCCAGUCUGUCCCCAGUCAGGGCAAAGGCAAACAGCUGAGCGCAGCCUUCACCUCAGCGCCAGACUGUUCCAUCUCCGCUCUUCCCGAAUUCACAAGCAUCUUCAACUCCGGCUCUGCGCCGUGCCCUGGCAUGGAUGCCCCUGAUUCCUCCAACGGGGUCUUCAUCAAGCAGGAGAUGCCCUCUUUCGAGCUUCCCCAGGACAGCCAUCUGUUCCAGCUUCUCAACUCCGAGCUAGACGUUCCCCUUUCAGACUCUCACGCCCAUGCCAUGCCAUCAGAAGUGCCCUCUUUCCACAACAUGCACUUGCCACCCCAACAGACUGUCGCCAAGCCCUACUGCCCCAUGUCUGCCCCUGCGUACCAGCUCGCACCCGCCGCCCACUAUACCCAUGGCCACGCGCAGGUCAAAGCGUCGUACCUCCCGCCCUCGCCGCCCACCUCUGAACCGGGCAGCCCCGACAGGCAGAAAGAGCUGCUGCACAAUCUGACGCCGCCACCAUCCUACGCUGCCACGAUUGCAUCCAAAAUGGGUGUACAUAUGCCCAAUCACCAAGCGCCUGCAUCCACACAGGUACCCACGGCAACCAGCAACGGGGUCAUGCCUGUCCGGUACAACCGCAGGACGAAUCCCGAUCUGGAAAAGAGGCGGAUACAUCACUGUGACUUUCCAGGUUGCAAGAAGGUCUACACCAAGUCAUCACAUCUAAAAGCUCAUCUGAGAACACACACCGGCGAGAAGCCAUACAGGUGCACAUGGGAAGGGUGUGACUGGAGGUUUGCCCGUUCUGACGAGCUGACGCGCCACUUCCGCAAACACACCGGCGCUAAGCCGUUUCAAUGCUCCGUGUGCAGCCGCAGCUUCUCCCGCUCCGACCAUCUCGCUCUGCACAUGAAGAGGCACCAGAACUAAACACAGAACACACAUUUAGAUAGAAACUUUACUCACACACAAAACUUAUGCUGACAAUCACAAUUACUGACAUGUUCGUUUUGUACAGACACACACCGCUAAUUUGAAGAGACACUAGAACAAAGCGUAUUCGUUAUAGGACGAGCCUCUGUGUGGGGCUGAAAUUUUCCUCUCACGUUUGAACAAGCUCU